CUGAUGUCUCCUAUCCGUGUCUUGUCCCACUUCGCAUUUACAGUACCUUCCACUUCCACAACCAUGCAUACCAACCUCACUUCCCAAACACUUAAACGCCGUCGUUUGACGAUGCUCGUUAUGCCAAUGUCAGCCCUCCUCUUACUUGCACUAUCCAUUUUUUCUUUCCUUACACUUACAAAUCACCACCCUUCACUUUCAUUAUUUACGAAAAGACCCACUUCACAUUUGCACAUUCACAAACGACUCCAAACUCAAAACGCAGAAUUACAAUGCACCGGUGCACUUUACCACGACCUCUGCAUCUCCACGCUCACAAGAAUCGUACCAGAUCUCACCUCUAAGUCGUUACCGGAGAUUAUCUCCGCCACCGUCAACGAGACUAUCUCCGACGUACGCUCCACCGACUUCAAUGUCACCAACAUUCGCCGGAAGCUUCCUCAUCUCACUGUUCUCGAGAUCCGCGCUCUCGAGGAUUGUCACACGCUGUUUCUGGAAACUGUCUCCCAGCUCAAAUCCGCCGUCUCCGACCUGUCGAAAUCGUCUUCCGAUAAAUACAAUGAUCUCCGAACUCUGCUCAGCGCCGCCAUGACGAAUCAGGAGACAUGUCUCGACGGGUUCUCCGGCAGCAAAUCGGAGGUUAAAAUAAGCCGACAUUUCCGUAAGGCGUUGAAAGGGAUUUCUCGUCAGGUGAGUAACUCGCUUGCGUUGUUGAAGAAAAUAAAUGGCACGUCGAAAGGGAAGUCGGAGUAUGGAAAGAUGUCCGGUGGGUUUCCACAGUGGGUGAAAAGGAGCGACAGACGGUUGUUACAAACAACGGUGAAUGAGACGACGUACAAUUUGGUGGUGGCGCAGGACGGAAGUGGAAACUUCACAACCAUCGGAGAAGCUUUGAAUGCGGCGCCGAACUCAAGUGCGACGAGGUUCGUGAUAUAUAUUAAAGCAGGGGCGUAUUACGAGUAUGUGGAGGUGAUUAACAAGAAAUCAAAGGUGAUGUUUGUCGGCGAUGGGAUCGGAAAAACGCUUAUCAAAGGCAACCGGAACGUUGUCGAUGGCUGGACUACUUUCCGAUCAGCCACCGUAAUUGCAGUAGGUGCAAAUUUUAUAGCGAAGGGGAUAACAUUUGAAAACUAUGCGGGCCCCAGCAAACACCAAGCAGUGGCAUUGAGAAGUGGGUCCGACUUCUCCGUAUUCUACCAGUGCAGCUUCGUAGCCUACCAAGACACCCUCUACGUUCACUCUCUCCGGCAGUUCUACCGGGAAUGCGACGUCUACGGCACCGUCGAUUUCGUCUUCGGCAACGCCGCCGUCGUUUUCCAGAAAUCUAACUUCUACGCCCGGCAACCCGAUCCAAAACAGAAGAACAUCUUCACUGCGCAAGGUAGAGACGAUCCGAAUCAAAACACCGGUAUCUCGAUAUUGGAAUGCAAAAUCGCUGCCGGAUCAGAGCUCAUCCCUAACCAGUCGAUGUUCAAAUCCUACCUUGGGAGACCGUGGAAGGAGUACUCGAGGACCGUGAUUUUGCGAUCGUAUAUCGGAGAUUUGAUAGAUCCGGCGGGUUGGUUGGAGUGGGAUGGUAAUUUUGCAUUGAGUACGCUUUACUAUGGCGAGUACAUGAACAGAGGACCUGGUUCGAAUACAAGCGCUAGGGUUACUUGGCCGGGAUACAAACCAAUCUUGAAUACGACGGAGGCGAGCCAAUUUACUGUCGGAAACUUUAUUCAGGGAGGCGAAUGGCUGAAUGAUACCGGUGUUCCCUAUUAUCUUGAUCUUCAAUAGAAUUUAACCGUUUUGAUUUGAUUCUUCUGUUAUAUUGAUCGCGUCUCCAGGAGACCUUGUUUGGUGGCUGCUCGGCAGCCAUGGAUUCCGAGAUGUGGAACUUGCAAUCGAAGCUUGUUUAGGUAAAACUUUUUAGCGAUUGUGCUCCAUUUUGGAGUAUCAGAUAGAUGAUAAGAAUUGUAUUUCCUUGAAAUUGUUGCAAUAAUUUAUUAUUUCAGAAUUGUGAAGAAA